GGCAGGGCCGAGGUGGAAACGCUACUUCGGCUGUGAGCCUUCAGGCUAUCAACUUGACUUCAGCUCUUUAGCGUCUACGGCUUGGUCUUCAGCUAUGGGAAUUGUCUACAGCGUUGGAGAGGUUGACCACCUCUACACCUUCUUUGUGCAAUGGUCUCCAGACAUCUACAGCAAAGGCAAGAAGAAGCGCUGCAAGGCCUACAACAACGUCAGGAAGAAACGCCAGAGCGCCUACCAUGUGGUGUCGUGGAGAAGGCCGGAACACAUCUGGGUGUUGCAGCAGCCCUGGGCCAGCAAGCCCAAGGCUGCAAAGAAGUGGGAGAUCAUCACGGUGAAGGACUCAAAGCAUCGCCUGAGUCUCUGCAGCUCUGUGGAGUCUGAGGUGGAUGAGACCGAGUACCAGGAGGCUGAGGAUGAUUUUCCUGUGCUGAGCCAUGCCAGCCAGCUGCUGGAUGACUUUCGCCUACAGAAGAUUGCAGCUAACUUGCCUCCAAGGACCCAGGGGUAUCCGUGGCAACUAGUUUAUAGCACUAUCAACCAUGGGAGCAGCCUAAAGACGCUCUACAGGAACAUGGCCGACCUGGACAGCCCCGUGCUGCUGGUCAUCAGAGACAUGCACAAAAAGGUGUUUGGAGCUUUUUCUUCGGAUCCAUUCAGAGUCAGUAAAUACUGCUACGGAACAGGCGAGACCUUCUUGUUCAGCUUCAACCCUGACUUCCAGCAAUACAGGUGGAGCGGGGAGAACUCCUACUUUGUGAACGGCAACUGGGAAUCUCUGCAGAUUGGUGGAGGAGGGGCUGGCUUUGCUCUCUGGUUGGAUGCUGACUUGUACCACGGCGCCAGCUUUUCCUGCCCCACCUUCCGCAACGCUCCUCUUUCCACCAAUGAAGACUUCAUCGUGCAAGACGUUGAAGUCUGGACUGUGCAGAACUGAACGGGGAAGCAUUAAGAAAUUAAGGUUUCCUGUCUGAAGUUAUGACACUUCAAGGUCAGCCAACCCGUGUGCUGCAUCCAGACGGAGCAUCCGCCGUCAGAGACGCAUCGGCACCAGAGCAACCUGCGCAGCACGAAGCCGUACGCGACUGGUUCCCUCGGUGGGCUUCCUGCUCGGUGAACUGGGACUGUUGGAAGCGAGUGGCGACUUGAAAUCCCACAAUUCAUGCUUCCUGUUCCUGUAAACCCCUCUGGGUGUUCACUGCAGUCACCCCCGCCGGUGGCCUUCUGCAAUCCUGAAAAGCAUUUCGACGCAACGUUCACACUGAAAGACGUGUUUGUUUACAGUUCUAAAAUUGUAUGCAUGGCCUGUGAUGUGUGUGUGUGUGUGUGUUUAUACCUGCUUGUGCAUUAUUUGCUUGAUGGUAAAAAAACACUGUAACAGGAUAGUAGAUACAGCUGCCUGUCUGAGCUGGUUUCAUUUCAGUGUAACUCCUUCGACCAGACCAAAUCUGACGAGGUGAGAUAAAGCACUGCUUUGCACUACGACUAGCGAACUGUAAUCUGUACAUGUGGUGAGUGAGGAGGAAGUGAAAACUAACCGUUAACCGUCUAAUGUAAUGCCACUAUGUUCCUCUUUGGAGUAUAUAGCUGUAAGAUACAAAUAAUUAAUGUUUGAAAUCUUUGGCUUAUUUUUGUAUGUGAUUAUUUAUAGAUAAAUCCUUUUUUUAUAUACGGAAAAUUUGAAACGAGAAACUAAAGCACAUUUUUGCUUGUAUGUCUGUUUGGUUUAUUUGUUUGCGCGCGAGUCUGGUUCUGACGGGCAGUGCUGGCACCGCCGCAGUUCUUUUUCCUGGAAAAGAUGUGUGUUUCAGUAAAAUGACAUGUUGUUAAGCUUUUCUUUUGGAAUUGAUUAAGCUUAAUAAAAUUAAAAAAAAUAGAGAUGUUGUCAAACGUAAAA